AUGUUGAAUAAUUUCAAAAAAUUAUUUAAUAAUAAUAAUAAUAGUAAUCCAACAACUGCCAUAACGAAAACUAACAUUACAUCACAUUCAUUAGAUAAAAAAAAUCAACCCCCUUAUCAUUCAUCACCAGAUUUUUUUGAUUUAAAACAAUCAAGUAGUACUGAAGAUAGUAUAUUAUCAUCAAUAAUAUCCAAUGAUAAUAAUAUUAACAACGACAAUAUGAUAAAUAAUAAAUAUACAUUAUCGGAUCCAAUUAAUAUUACGAAUUCAACAACCACCACUACUCCUAUCAAGAAGAAUAUUUCAACUGCAUCAUUUACAUUUGAUUCAUCAUUAAAUGAACUAUAUCCAGAUUUACCAAAUCAAUAUAAAUUAAUUUGUGUUUUAGGAGAAGGUGCAUUUUCUACAGUUUAUACAGCUAUUGAUUUAAAUCAAAAUAAAAUUGUUGCAAUAAAAAUUAUAAGUAAAUCACAUUUAACUUCAAAACAAUUUCAAAAUAUUAAAAAUGAAAUUAAAAUCAUGAGAAAAAUUCAUCAUCCAAAUGUUUUACAAUUACAAUGUUCAUUUGAUACUCAAGAUCACUGUUUUUUAAUUUUAGAAUAUUGUAAUGGAGGAGAAAUUUUUAAUAAAAUUAUUGAAUAUACUUAUUUUUCAGAAAUAUUAUCAAAACAUAUUUUCAAACAAUUACUUUCUGCUAUUGAUAAUUUACAUAGAAUGAAUAUUGUUCAUCGUGAUAUAAAACCUGAAAAUUUAUUAUUUAAAAAGAUUCCAUAUUUCCCAAGAUCAAAUGAAGAAUUCAAAACCACUUUAAGAAAAUCAGAUGAUGAUGGUAAACAAGAUGAAGGAGAAUUUAAAACUCAUAUUGGUGGUGGUACCAUAGGUACUAUAAAAUUAGCUGAUUUUGGAUUAGCAAAACAAUUAAUAGAUGAUGAUCAAUUUAAGGUUGCAUUAAAAACUCCUUGUGGUACUGCUGGUUAUACUGCUCCAGAAGUUAUAACUUGUAACGCUAAAAAUUACUCCAAAAAAAGUAAAAAUCAAUAUUCAAAAGCUGUUGAUAUUUGGUCUUUGGGUUGUUUCUUGUAUACUAUAUUAUGUGGGUUCCCACCUUUUUAUGAUGAUGAUUCUCAAGAUGUUACAAUGAAAAUCAUUCGUGGUGAAUUUGUAUUUUUGCAACCUUGGUGGGAUGAAAUUAGUGAUGAUGCAAAAGAUUUAAUUACCAAGAUGUUGAAUGUAAAUCCAGAAAAGAGAAUUACUAUAGAAGAAAUCUGGAAUCAUUCAUGGUUGAAAGAUGAACAAGAAACUGAAGCAACAAGUUACUUCCAACAAAGUUAUGAAGUUGAUCAUAUUGAAGAUAUUAAUAAUGAUAAUUUAGUUAUUCCAAUGUCAAAUCAACCUUUAUUAUCACCAAGAGCUCGUGCUAUAAAAACAGUUUUUGAUAAUCCAGCAAUGUUAGGAGAAACUUUUAAAGAAUCAUCAUCGCAAUUUAUAGAGAAUAUUGAAGAAGAAGAUGAUAAGGAUCUGGAAAGUGAAGAAGAUGAAGACGAGGAUGACGAUGAUGGAAUUAAUGUUGGUGGAGAUCACUCAACUUUUGUUCGUACUCCAUUUCCAAAAGAAUUUAAUCUUCAAAAUAUUUUCAAUGUUGAUAAAUCACAAAUCAAAGUUCAUGAAGAAGAAGAUGAUAUUUAUGAUGAUGAAGUUAGUGAAUUAGAUGAUGAAAUUGCAAGUUUACAAUUAACACCAAAAUUAAUUACAAGAUCAAGAAAUAAUAGUUUAGCAAGUUCAACAAAAACUUUACAAUUUCCAUCAACAAAAUUAUUAAAUGAUGAUAUAGAUGAAGAAGAUUAUUCAACAACAAAUUCAAAUUCUGAUAAUGAAAUUUCAGAAUAUCAAACAAGAUCAUCAUCAAUAAUAAGUGGUAUUAAUGGUGAUUAUAAAUUUACAAUGAAUUUAAAUGAUUCAAAUUUAUUAUCAAGAAGAAAAUCAUCUAUAAAAAGAUCAAGAAGUACAUCAUGUGGUAAUAACAAUUCCACAAAUACAACAACUCCAUCAACUAUUUUAAGUAAUGUUGGUACAAGUUCAGGACAGAUUCAUACAGUUAAUGAAAUAGAAGGUAAAUAA